AUGGCUCUGAAGGUCCAUUUUAUUGAUAGUAACUGGGAGCUGCAUAAGAAAAUAUUGAACUUUCGCGUUGUACGUGAUGUGAAUGAGGAGACGGUUGGAGAACUCAUCGCAGCGUGUUUAGUUGAAUGGGGUUUAGAAAGAGUGUUGACGGUUUCUGUUGAUAAUGUGAGUGCAAAUGAUGCGGCUAUCAACUUUAUGAAAACGAAGUUGAAAAUUUUGGCUGGGAAUUUUUUAGAUGGUGAAUUUUUACACAUACCGUGCUAUACACGUAUUGUGAAUUCGAUUGUGAACGAGAGCUUGAGAGAUAUGCAUGAAUCAAUCGAUAGUAUUCGCAAUGCUGUGAGAUAUGUAAAGAUUUUUCCCGAAGGAUUAUCGAAAUUUACAGCAUUUAUUGAGCAGGAAGAAAUUGAGUGUGAAGGUCUAAUGGUUUCGGAUGAUCAUACUGGGUGGAAUACAACCUAUUUGAUGUUGAGAGACCCCUUAAAGUUCCAAAGGGCCUCUGAGAGGCUAGAAGAAGAUGAUGAAGAUUAUGCUAGCUAUUUCUUGGAGGAUUGGAUCAGUAGGGUAAAAUUGAAAGGGCCACCUACUGUCGAUGAUUGGGAAAAUGUUCGGGUUUUUGUUAUACUUUGA